AUGGAAUGGUUUAACCCUAUCUUCCUCCUCUCCGACUUUGCACACGCGCGCAGCCUCCUCCUCCUCUUCCUCUCAAUGGCGCGCCUCCACCGCCUUCUCUCCCGCGCGCUCGCCUCCAACCACCUCCUCCGCCCUUCUCCGGCCCCAUUUUCAGCGCGCCUGACUCUCCCGCUCCACUCGCAGCCGCCGGCGCCGCCGCGUCCUCACCCCCAUGGUCGCAGCCCGCCCCCUUUCCUCGCCGCCGCCUCGCGGCACUACGCGUCACCCAUAUCCAGACGACGGCGGCGCGGCUCGUUGCCGUCGAUGUUUCCGAGGCGGAGGAGAGCCAGGUUGAAGGGCCCCGCCGAGCUCAGCGUGCAGAUUGGCAUCGAAGAAGCCCUCCCCGACGACCCCCUCGUCCUGAGUAUUGCAGAAACACUUCGAACGGAUGUUGGGAAGGCAAUGAAGCUGGCAUUCCACAAUUUGGGGAACUCGGAGUACAAGACCAGAGACCCCUGCAUAAGCAAUGUGGAUGAGUACGACAGCGUUGAGGUAUCUCUGCUGCUUUGUGAUGAUGAUUUUAUCAGGAAGCUGAACAAGGAAUGGAGGGGUGAAGACCGCGCGACGGAUGUUCUGUCAAUGUCGCAGCAUAUCCCGGGGCUCCAAAUUCCCGUUCUGCAACUAGGUGACUUGGUAAUUUCUGUUGAGACAGCCCGACGGCAAGCAGAAGAAAGAGGCCAUACACUUCUUGAUGAGAUAAGAAUUCUCAUGGUUCAUGGAUUGUUGCAUUUAUUGGGCUUUGAUCAUGAACUCAGCAAGGAGGCUGAAGAAGAGAUGGAGCAGGAAGAAGAAAAAAUAUUAAAUACUCUUGAAUGGAUAGGAAAAGGACUCAUUAGGAGUGCGUAUCAUUUCAGUACUGAUAUGGGUCAUUCAGAAAAUUCUGAUGAGGCCAAUAGAGAUAUAGAGAAAAGGAGUUUACAGGAGGGUCAUCAGCCGAAACUGACCCAUAUAAUAUGUGAUAUAGAUGGUACUGUUGUGGAUUAUGAAGGACACCUGCGUUCAGAGUCAAUAGAAUCUUUGAGAGAGGCAGUAUCACGGGGAGUAACUGUUAUCAUGCUUACUGGCAAGACCCGUGCUUCCACCAUAGCAACCUUCAAGCUUCUUAAUAUGGAAGGAAGAGGUGAUUUUAUAUCGGAGAAUUCAGCUGGUGUAUUUCUACAGGGUUCGCUUGUAUAUGGGGAGCAUGGCCAACUUAUUUAUAGAGCAAACUUGGAUGUGGAUAUAUGCAAGGAGGCAUGUUUGUACUCCUUGAAGCAUAAAAUUCCUCUUGUUGCAUACUGUGAGGAACAAUGUUUGACCUUGUUUGAACAUCCUUCUGUCAACUUGUUGCACACUGUGCACCAUGAGACCAAGGUAAAAGUGAUGCCUUCAGUUGAGGACCUCUUGGAAUAUUCAUCGAUUCAGAAGUUGCUUUUCCUUGGCAACAAGAACGAAGAUUUUUCUGUCCUCACACAGCAUUGGUCGGAACUAACAGAAGGGAAAGCAUGUGUUAUCAAAGAGCAGCCAAAUGCAAUUGAGAUUGUUCCCCUUAAUGCUUCAAAAGGUGGUGGUAUAAGGGCUCUACUUGAUCAUCUCGGAUUAACUGAAGAUUCUGAUCUUGAGGCGGUCGGAGACUAUACCAGAUGGCUAAGCAACAAGUGA